CGAAAUUCAUAGCAGGUCGUGACGUCACUCCAAGCGGGCCACCAUGUUGUGUUUCGAAGCGUUUAUCUACACGUUUGUUGGAUCGAGUGCUGUAUUCGUGCUUUAAACUAGCGAUUACAGAGUUUACGUGUAGUGAAGCUGCUGUGAACAUGGUUUACAAAUGUUGUGUGCCAAGGUGUCGUGGGAAUUACGGAACUGGACCGAAAGUAAUGUUGUUUUCCUUUCCGAAAGAUGCGAAUCUGCGUUGGAAAUGGCUUUCAGCGAUUCAUCGGGACAAUUUCCAACCCACUGAGCACACGAAGGUUUGUGAACUUCAUUUCACCGAAUCUGACAUCUGCCGGCAUACGGAAUGUUAUGAUGAAGUGAAAGGCACAAAGCUUACUGUCAAGCUUUCAAGACCAAGGCUUAGAGAGGGUGCUGUCCCAUCAGUGUUACCAGGCUGCCCAAGCUAUUUGUCUACUCCAUCCACCAGCUCUCGAGAAAGUGCAGAGGAAAGGAGAGCUAGAUUGGACAAUGAACAUCUUCUACAAGCAAUUAAAGACAGUAUAGUAACCAAAACAGAGUAUGAUUCGAGGAAGUUAUUUUCUACUUUUGAAGCAUUUCUGCAGUGCCUAGAAAGAGAAACCAUUCCUAGUGAAUGGACCAUUGUUAGGAGAAGUGACUGUGUCCUAUUUCUAUUGCUUACUGUAUUGCCUGCUCCAUCUGUGUCUGUAUCUGUUGUAGUGACAAAUGAUUUGCAGUUGUCUGCCUAUCGAAGUAACACUGAGAUAAGAAAGAUAGGCAGUAGAAAAAUACCACACAAACUUUCAAAUAUGAAUGAUUUGUUUACAGUAUUAGACAAAGUGAAGGAAUUAGUCAGUGCAAAAGAAAAUUCAUUAAAAAGCCAGUGCCUUCUUAUACAGGACAUUUUAAAUGACAUGUGCAGUUCUGUAGAUGAAGAAAAACAGAAACAAAUUCAAUUCUUAAUACAUGAGAAACGAAAUAAAAGGCCAGGCAGUGGAAUAGCUAGAGGCAGAGAUUCAGAUGCAGAUUCAGAGCCGGUGCCGGCAGUUUGGAGAUUCCGCAGCGAGACGCCAGCGGGGCAGAGUAGGCCCGUAGCAGCCGAUACAGCUGAUAAAGACUUCGAGAAGACUGUGAUAGACUCUGGUGGACACUCAGGAAAUGCAGGUCAAGUUGUCUCUGAAAUGAACUCGCCGAGUGCUCAAACAGUGCGCCUCGUUCCUCUCUGGGCCGAGUACGGGUGGUCGCGCAGGCGUGAGCCCGGCGUGUGCUUGGCUGACCUGAUUGCAGGCGCCGCGCUGCGGAACACGGCAGGCGCAGACAAUAGCGCGGCGCCGCGGCUGCCCGUCCUCUGGCAAAGGUCAACAGGCCCUCCCUCCCCCUCUUCCCUCUCGUCAAGUCUUCCCGUACGACGAGUCACCCGCGAACCAGGAGACGGCGCCAGCGACCCAACUGUAGCCCACCUGCGGGGCGUCUGCGCCGACGGGCUAAUGGGUUCCCCUCACAAGUGCGGCUAG